AUGGAUCUGAAGCGAAUAAAGGAUUACAUCUACUGGCUGUAUUAUCAGUACCUCCUGGUCACCUGCAGCUAUGUCCUGGAGCCCUGGGAGCAAUCUAUGUUCCACACUAUCACAAUUACCAUUGUUGCCAUGGUAGUCUACACGGCUUACGUCUUCAUCCCCAUUCACAUCCGCUUGGCUUUUGAGUUUUUCUCUCAGAUAUUUGGAAGCCAGCCUGAAAGUACUGUUUCACUCACAAACUGA